ACAGACGAUGAAGGCAGAGUGAAGAACACUCACAGCUCACCUGACGGCCGUCACGCGGGCAUAAAUCACUGCGGACACGUUGGGCUCAGACCAGCCUUUACGGUUCCCUCACCAGCGACCACGUGUUUGGCUACUCGUUUUUUUUUUGGAUAAGAACGUCAUCGAACUGGAGAGUAUGCUGUUUUGGCACAGCCAUCCUGAAACCUAUCAACAGCACGCGCAAAAUAAUUUUAUAAGAGAUGCUCUUGCUCCGUUUCUCAAACAUGAAGAGGAGCAGCAGUCCACAGAGAUCCGAGUGUCUCCUUUUCAUUACGUGCUUUGUGCAGCCACAUCUCCAGCUGUCAAACUCCAGGAGGAAACACUCACAUAUCUGAAUCAAGGUCAGUCCUAUGAAAUCCGUAUGCUUAACAGGAAACUAGUGGAGUAUACAGAUAUAAGCAGUAAACACAUAAAGAGUAUUGUGCGUGUAGUUUUCCAUGACCGGCGGCUGCAGUACACAGAGCAUCAGCAGCUGGAGGGAUGGAGGUGGAACCGUCCAGGAGACAGAAUCUUGGAUAUAGAUAUCCCAUUGUCAGUGGGCAUAAUAGAGCCUCGAGCCCACCCACUGCAGCUCAACACCAUAGAGUUUCUCUGGGAUCCUGACAAAAAUGCCUCCGUGUUCAUUCAGGUAAACUGCAUUAGCACUGAGUUCACUCCUAGAAAACAUGGUGGAGAGAAGGGUGUCCCCUUCCGCAUUCAGAUAGACACCUUCGCAGUCGGCGAGCACGGAGAAUACUCUGAACACAUGCUCUCUGCCAGCUGCCAGGUCAAAGUCUUCAAGCCAAAAGGUGCAGACCGCAAGCUCAAGACUGACAGAGAGAAGAUUGAGAAAAAGAGUCCUCAGGAUAGAGACAAAUAUCAACCAUCCUAUAAAACGACAGUGCUGACUGAGUGCUCCCCUUGGCCUGAAGCCCCAUCAGUCAGCAGAACAAGCAACACUCCAUCUCCUGGUUAUCACAGCGCUCACACUUCUUACAGCUUCCCAGAGGAAAACUGCUCUCCAGACCAGCAGGAGGAGCUACAUUUGCCCAGCUGUUCUGAUCACUUGUUGCCAUCGUCAUCCAUGCAGGAUACGCAGCAGUGGCUCCAUAGUAAUAGGUUCUCCUCUUUCUGCAGGCUCUUCUCUGGCUUCUCAGGUUCUGAUCUGCUUAAAAUGAGUAGAGAAGAUUUGAUUCAGAUCUGUGGUGCUGCUGACGGCAUCCGUCUUUUCAAUGCAAUCAAAGGAAGGUGUAUACAACCUCGUCUCACCGUCUAUGUAUCCCAGCUACAGAACAGGAACCAGCUGCACACCAAAACAGCUGGUGAGGAUGUGUACCAUGCUCUCUACCUAGAGGACCUAACUGUCCUUGAGCUCACUGAGAAGAUAGCCAAUCUAUAUAAUGUUCCCUCACAGCAAAUACUUUGCGUAUACAGACAGGGGCCGACGGGGAUCCACGUCUUGGUCUCAGAUGAGAUGGUGCAGAAUUUUACAGAAGAGUCUAGCUUCAUUAUCAGCACUAUGAAAGAUGAAUGUAAUGAUGGCUACCAUGUUGUGCUGAAGUGACCUGAGACUACUGGAGCAUUGCAGGUGCCUUUGGCUGAUUUUCACAAUACUGGACUGUUUCGAAGUUAAACAUCACCUGGAGGAAUGUGAGCUGAACGAAUGUGGAUACUUUUUUUGUAUGAUGUAGAUGACUGUUGUGUAUUUUAAAGAGAGAAUGUUGUGAAAGGUUAUCUGAAAACGAAUUAAAAUAUGAAUUACUUUAUAUUUUAUGUAAGUCAUUUUCGUUUUAUAAAUUUCUGUUUUAAAGUAAUUAUUUUUAUCAUAUUACAGUGGUAUUGUAACAUUCCUUUGUUUUAUUAUUAGAUACAAAAUAGACUACUAAAAACACAAAAUCUAAUAUAUUUAUGUUUUUAAUUUAAUGUAAUAUGAUUUAUAUGAUACAAUUCUAAAAAAAAAAAAAAAAUACUAAUUCAAAACUUGCCCAUUUUUAAAAUAGAUAUUGGUGUCAAUUUCAAUGCCAUUAUUGUGCACAAGCAUGGAUUUUACAGAUCCCUAAAUAAUUGCUAGCAGAAGAUAAUCUCUCAGAGAUGCUGGUGUGAAUUGAUUCUUUUGUUCCUCACAGACUGAAGAUAUCUAAAUAAAGUUAUUGCUCAGGAUGUUAUUAUUCUUUGCUUUGCUUUUUCUCACUCAGCGCUGUUGAGAUUGGUAUUUUUGCAACUGAUCAAUACUUAUGUAUUUUUUCACAAAGCUUUUUGAACUGUAUUAUAACACCUGUUUGUUUGGUGACCUUAUCGUGAUGAACCUUGCUAUUUGAUAAGCCUUAAAAACUUAUUCUGCAGGAAAAAUGCUGUAAGUGUUAUAUACAUUCGAAAAGUAAAUGUCCUCCUCAUAAAUGUAAUGUUUAUGUUUUUAGUGUGUUACAAGAAACUUGUUUUAUUUGUACUGUUUAGGAUCACCCCACUUAUAGAUGUUAAGAUUUACGCCUGUCACAUCAAGUACAAAAAGAAAGCUUCUACAUUUAUAUUGUGUGCAUACAACAUAUUUACAAAUCAGCUGCUCUUUUUUGCUUGAUUGACCGUACAAAUCUUUCCCUUGAGAUGUAAUGUUUAUCAGUAGGUUGUCUAGGUUCAGUUUGUGAAAUGUGCUGGUUAUGAAACAGAGUUUAUUGACUAAAGACAUUGGUUUCUACCCAGAUUUUCCUCCAAUUCCUCUGUAGUCAUGAGGUUAGUGUAGUCUAGUAAACUUGUAGGGCUGAUUUUGUGUGUUACUCUGUGAAGUGGAAAGGGGCACACUUCAGUGAGCAGCUCUGAAUCCUCUGUGUGUGAUUUCCCAAGCCCUGAAGAGGCACAGACUGAAGACAAAUGUGCUUAGCAACACACGCAGAUCAUAAAAUUGAGUUGUCUGAAUAAUUUCUCGGUCUAAUGGUUGUCAGUGUGUUUAAUGUGAACAAUGCAUUUUUUAAGUAAGUAAACUUAAAAAAAAAAAAAAAAAAAAAAACUCACUAACGUUUAUGCAUUACAGAGACCAUUUUUAACAUUUUCAUUUUCAAAAUGUUUUGGUCGUGAUGGGAAACGAUGCCACUUCAAUCGUAAAAUGUAUUCAAAUAAAAUAAUUUCUACAUAAUA